GGUCCGCGCGCUCCGGGACUCACAACCGGGCCGGUGUCCAGCGCUCGGACCGCCAGUCAUGGGCAACACACCGGCCGCAAGAAGGGGCAACGAGAUGGAGAGCGUUAAAGAGUUCUUGGCCCUUGCCAGGGAAGACUUCCUCAGGAAAUGGGAGAAUCCAGCUCAGAAUACGGCGUCUCUGGAUCAGUUUGAUUUGCUGAAGACUCUGGGAACAGGCUCGUUUGGGCGUGUAAUGCUAGUCAGACACCGCGAGAACGGCCAGCACUAUGCCAUGAAGAUCCUCAACAAGCAGAAGGUGGUGAAGUUGAAGCAGAUUGAACACACUUUGAAUGAGAAACGCAUCCUGCAGGCGGUCAGCUUUCCUUUCCUAGUACAGCUUGAGUACUCCUUCAAGGAUAACACUAACCUGUACAUGGUGAUGGAGUAUGUUCAGGGAGGAGAGAUGUUUUCACACCUACGCAGGAUCGGCAGGUUCAGUGAACCUCAUGCUCGGUUUUAUGCAUCUCAGAUAGUUCUGACGUUCGAGUAUCUUCACGCCCUGGAUCUCAUCUACAGAGAUCUGAAACCAGAAAACCUCCUCAUCGACCAACAGGGAUACAUACAGGUGACAGACUUUGGCUUUGCAAAGCGUGUUAAAGGUCGCACAUGGACGCUGUGUGGCACACCCGAGUAUCUGGCUCCAGAGAUCAUCCUGAGUAAAGGUUAUAAUAAAGCAGUGGACUGGUGGGCUCUGGGCGUGCUGGUGUACGAGAUGGCAGCCGGGUAUCCUCCAUUUUUCGCAGAUCAGCCAAUCCACAUCUACGAGAAGAUAGUCUCAGGAAAGGUGCGUUUUCCCUCACACUUCAGCUCAGAUUUGAAGGAGCUCCUGCGUAACCUGCUGCAGGUUGACCUCACCAAGCGCUAUGGCAACCUAAAGAACGGUGUCAACGACAUCAAGGGCCACAAAUGGUUCUCCACCACAGACUGGAUUGCCAUCUACCAGAGGAGGGUCGAGGCUCCAUUUAUCCCUAAGUGCAGGGGUCCGGGGGACACCAGCAACUUCGACGAUUAUGAGGAGGAGGAGAUCCGCGUGUCCCUCACUGAGAAGUGCGCUAAAGAGUUUGCCGACUUCUAACGCGGCAGAGCGAGAGGACGCAGCGAGGAAUCAGCAUGAUGGAUGUUUUUCAUUUCUGUGUGUAGAAUCAGUGCGAGAAGCUAAAAGGAGCACAGCGACGAGCCAGACAGGACAGACACCGUUGCCUUCGCCAUCCCGUUUCCUCCUCCACCUUUAUUAUGUUUAUUGUUAAUUUUUGUCCAUGUGCUGUUCGGCACGGCGACAGGGACGUGUUCGAUUCGACGAUUCGUGGAGCGCUCGACUCAGCCCGGCAUCUCCGCAACAGACUGUUGCAUAAUAAGUGACAUGUUUUGAUGCUUUAUGUUUCUUUUAGGCCUGUGUGUUGCUGUAAAGUUUUAAUGCAUUGAAUGGACGAUGGUGAGAAAAAGCCAUGAUUCGAUAAUGUCUAUAGUAUAGAGCAUAGAGCUUAUUAUUAUUAUGAUUACUAUUAUUAUGAUUAUUAUGAUUAUUAUUAUUAUUAUUUGUUCCAGGAGCUGCCUGCGUCUCGGCGUGUUGCAUUGAUCGGUCUCAGACGUGUCACGUGUGAAAAAUGUGCCAUGAGAUUAGAGCCCAGUGACGGAGCUCGGCGCUUGUUUCGUUGAUUAACGGUCAUGACACGUCCGCUGAAGACCAGGAGCGUGUGCACUCCGCGCCCUUUAACAUGUGGAGAGGUGGUGAAAAAAAGAAAGAACCUGGCAUCACACUUUCAUUUACACCCUUUUUCCUGGAGGGAUUGAUGUUUUCUUUUUUUUUGCUUGUGGAACAUCUGUUUCGAUGCUGCUGGAUAUUUAUCAGGAAUACGUUUCUUCGGCUGCUCAAGCCGAUUCAACAAACACUUCGCAAACACGUGUAAAUCAGAUACGUCGUAUUGAUUAGAAAACGGACAAAAGUUAUUUAUCCGUGUGUGAUAUGAGUUGUGAUGUCAGAAUUGCAACAAUUUAGUCUUUUUUUUUUUUUUUUUUUUUAGCUAUAAUCAUGUGACAAUGAAAGAUUUGUGCUGUUUUAGGCUGCUUUCACACUUUUUAGAUGCAAUUAAUUUAAUUGAAUGUUCAGUUCAAUUUCUUUAUUUAAUGCUUUUAACAGUGGUCAUAAAUUUCAAAACAAUCACAUUAAUCAAAAAAUCUAAUCAAUUAAAAAAAAUAACUGACUAAUGGGA